GCAGUAGCGUCAUUUCUAAGAUUUUUUAAACACAACCGCCUUUGAAAGUUUCUUUGUUUCUUUGCCCAAAUUUCAAGUUGAAACUUGAAAAAUAGCAUUCAAAAGUACCCGCAGUUGAUAGUUCAGAAGUACCACUGUCGACAGAGACAGAGUCAGAAACUUUCGGGCUCCGACCGCAUUUCAUCAAUCAUUAUCCACACUGCUCUCGGCAUCAAAAAAAAUAUUUUCACAAAAAUGCCUUUGUAUCUCACCGCCAAGUUCAAGAUGAUGCCUGCCCUUGUGGCAGCUGCACUUGGGGGCGGCAUCACGUCGACCUGUGUAGUAACGGCCUCCAAUCCUGUCCGGCCUGGUCCCGUGGCGAAGGGCAAACCAGCUCCGAAACGACAGAGCAGACGUCCGGGGGAAGAACAGCAGGGGCAACAUCAGUUGCACUACACAACCGGAGCACGCUCCACGGUGCGCGUUGUUGGAAGAAAUCGGGCCUCCGGACGAGGUGGACAGCAGCAGCAAGGUCGCGCAAGUAACGGUCAGCUGCGGGCGCAGGAACAGCAACAGCAAGACCACCUAGACCAGCGUGCAGCCAUCCCCAUCGACGAGGCAUUUGCAGAUCGCAACCGCCUCGCCCGGACCCAAGUUUUGAGCGACCACCUGGACAGAACCCAGCCCCAGAGCAUUGCGGACGCGAACCUGCUCCGGGCCUUUGUACGGGUCUUGGAGGACGAACGGCGGACGAACAACGGAGGUAUCCGAGACCAGCAGCAAGGACUGCGUCAGCAAUCCUUCAGUGGUCCUGUUCGUCGGACUGCUGGUGCGGGACGUCCAGGCCAGCAAGGUGGACAACAACCUGCAGUCUAUGAGCAGCCGCGCGACACAAUGCUUCUACAAUACCCCCAGCAGGAGCAGCCACAACGGGGGGAUCAGCUGCCAAGUUUGAUUUCUCCCUCCGGCGGAACAAACUAUGCAACCCAUUCCCUGCACCAGAACCUGUCUGCUGCAACCGUGACUCGCACCCCGUCGCCGACGGACGAAAUUCUGAAUCACUUCAACACGAUGGAGGAUGAGGAGCACGACAAUUGGGGCCGAGACAGCUACAGCUCUGGGUCUGGAGGUUUUUCGUCGCCAGAACAAGUCGAAUUCGGCGCGGAAGAGGAUGCUUUCAUGCGGUCCUUUGCCUGGAACGAACACGACGACUCGCUGACCAUUCCGCCGUUUCAGCAUUUUUACAUCAACCGAGGCCGCGGCCACAAUGACCAUCUGCAGAUGAAUACCAUUUCCUGUCCACCGGGGCUGGAAGCCAGAGCCACUCCCGUGACUACUUCGAGCACCUCCAUUUUUCCCCGCACCAGCACGCCAGCGAUGGUUGUGGCUCCGCAGCCGCAGCGUCAGGGCCUUUUUCUCCCGGACCAAGAUGAAGAUCCGUUUGCGCUGCAGCUGCCCAACAUGCAGCAGCCCAUGCGUGUGGAGAUUUUUGACGGGAAAAAGCAAAGCAUGGGUCAACAACGUCCGACAGCCAGUGCCUCCGCGGCGACCUCCUAUACGUACACCGCCGGUCAGGAAUUCCUGAGCGCUGCCACGGCGACGCCCUCAUCUCCAAAUGGAGUCACUCCCACUGCAGCGGGAACAGCCGGCGCUCCUGCUAUGCGGGCACCGCCCGGGUUGAGUUUAGAUCCCAGCAAGUCGAAUGGCAGUGUGAGGAUGAUGUGGAUGUGUGUCCCUGUGCCGUUUGAUAACAACAAAAAAUCUACAACUUCCAGCCCCGCCGCGGGCAAAGAAGAAGCAGCUCUUGCCCCAGCGCUGGUCGAUGGCCAUCUUCUACAGAAUCUGCAACUUGUUCAGGAUCAUGCUGGUGGCACCGACAUUACGGCUGACUCUACGGACGACGUCGAGCGAUUGAAGUCCGAGGUUAUCGACUAUGGAACUCUCAAACGUUACAUUCUCAACUGUUACAUGAUUUGUCAUGCAAAUUUACCACCAAGAUCGCCGCGAUCAAGCUGCUUCGCAUAGCAAAUCUGCGAAGGGCUAAACAGCAUCGAAAUCUGUGCCAAAUCUGUAAUGCAAAAGGCGCAAUCUUCGCCAGUUCACUUUUGCCGUUCUUGCAUGACAAACUUAUGGAACAGUUGAGAAUGUAACAUUUGAGAACGCCAUAUCGACAUGCUGAGGGAUAUGGGUGACAACUUUGGCACCCAGCUCUCCGACGCUGAGGCAGUGGCCGCCCUGCAGAUUGUCAACGAGCGCCUGGCGAAGCACUCCGAGGAAGAGAUUGCGAAGGCCAGGAAUUCCCUCGAAGAUGGGCGCGCUGAACAAAUGAGGCCGAUGAAAGCAAUCGGACGAGGAGGAGGACCAGAAAGCCCCACGACGACUCGUCAACACCGAGCAUUAGAUCAUGCUGAAGCCGGCGGCGCGGCCUUCAGAGCACAAAGAAGUGCGACACAAGUAGAGCCUUUUUUGUCCUCCUCGCAGACGACUGGGGUCUCGGUCAGCAAAAAAACUGCUCUACCGCUGACGAGGGAAAACCAAAACGUGCAGGCGUCUCAGAGCGCGUUCCUGGCGAAGACUGCUCCAGCACCGGCGCCCGUCGGCUCCUUGGUGCACAACUUCUACACGCUCGAACCGAUGUCUGCACAUCAAACCGUAGAUCGCGUGCCGCACCAACAACAGCGUCAUGAUCAUCUGGCGUCGGAACAAGAAGAUCAUGUUCCACAACCGCCGCAGCCCCACCCGCAGUUGCGCCGCUCGCUGAACGUCCAGAGGGGGCAACCGAGAACCCCUGGCCAGCAGCACGAUGGUAUUAUUAACGCGAAGACGAGGAACGAGCACGGCAACAUCAUUAUCGUUUCGAAAGGCUCCGUCGGGCACCCGCACGCCUGCCAGCAAGCCUGCAAGUACCACGGCAAGAAGAGCGGGUGCAAGGACGGAAAGGACUGCGACCGCUGCCACCUGUGCUUCUGGACGAGCAAGCUCAGCGGGGGCCGGAACUCGCCCGAAGCGAGGGAGAAGCGAAAGGGGAUGAAGGAACAAGGCCUCUUGUCGGGAGGUCGAGGCGCUGCUUCGGCAGCUGGAACGAACCAAGAACAAGAAGACAUUAUUACACCACAACCUGGUCAUCUCGUCUCUUCAUCCUCUCCCGCGAGCAGCCCGAGUCAACAACAAGAGAGCAUGUUGUACAACAACUCAAGCCCUGCCUCCCCGGCGUCUCCGUGGGUCGGGGUCGCUGAUCAGCUGGCGGGAACUCGGGAAGAUGGCGUUUUUCAUCCAACAGGCAGUCCUUUCUCGACCAGAGGACAAGAAACUGAAUCUGCCGACGUGCUGAACCAGGACAUCAUUCCAUUCGCGACGAUGAAGAAAGGCGCACGCGCAGGCCCGAUGCUCCCGGGUCGCGUGUCGUGAGGAAAAUUAUGUCGGGCUCAGCAUAUUAGAUAUUGACAGGUGGAGGUCAUAGUCACGAAAGACAGCGGUAGUUGAUGUUGUAUACUUCAUUCGAUGUCCCUCCUCUUUGUUUUGUCUGUAAAUCGCACCACCGCUGUCCUCAGCAACGAACAGGAGGAAAACCGCGCCGUGCUAUCAUGCUCCAGCACAGAAGAUAACGCUUCCUCCUUAUACCAGUAGUAACGCACCACCAGUUGGAGCUGCUCUCGAAGUGUACUAUUUUUAGAUGGUUGUACAAGAACUAAAGAUUUUUUUAAAUCCACCUUUGUAUCCGGGCAUCUCCCGCCUUUUUCUUCUUUUUUGCUGCGUUUCGGAAAACCGCGCGCAUUAUGUUAUCUCUGAUUCUAGUACUACGUACAAAGUAUAUGAUGUUUCUAUUUUCUCAAAAGUUGUUUUACAAAUAUACUUAAUUAUGACCGCCCGACGAUGAAAUCCACCGGUGUUGAUAGACGCUCCUUCUUACGAAUGGAAAUGCCUCAAUAAUGCUCAUGCAAACGUGGUAAUCUGUGCGUGCCCUUCACCUUCUCUAUUUAUGCUUCUAGUUCUAUGGUCUAACCACUGAAUUUAUUCGCAUUUCACACCUUCUCCACCGCUUGCUUCUCGUUCUAUUUUUAGUCUCGCUGUAAAAUUUGAUUUUUUCGAAAGCACUUUCAUAUUUCCCGACCUAAGCACUCCAGAAAAACUGCAAAGAGAAGACAGAAGUAGUUCUGAGUAACGCUAUGACUAUUUGUUGUAUUUCUAUUUCGCUGCACGAUGGUCUUUGAAGAGCUUUUUUCGAAUACAGAGCAGCUAGCACACCUAGCCACAGCUUUAUUUGCAACCUUAGAAUGCCACGAAUAUCAAUAUGAUUUUAGAUUUUUACGGACCUGACAUUAAUGUUUGCUAACUGGCACCACUUCCAUUUGCAGCUCUAUUUCUCGCCCAAUUUUGGAACGGAAUUUGUGAAUUUGGAAAUGCGUUUCCCGACAAACUUUCUGCUAUUCGCGCCGGCAUUUGCUAUUUCUUUUGUUUGAGAUUUUCAUCAUUUCUGUGCUCUUGUAGUCACGAUUUUUUCAACAUGAUGAAGGGUGUGUAGAAAAAUAUAUUUCAAAGGAGCAAAAUAAAUGAGAAUCUUCUGUAUUUGCAGUCCUCCCUGUAGCAUCGAACAUGAGUUCAGCAAGCGUAAAACCUCGUUGUGUAUGGCACGACGCCGAUUUGGAUUGUGUUAUCUAACACAUGAGAAUCCAGUAACCCGAACGUGAGUGCAGUAUGUACAAGCCAGUACUUCGUGCCCCAAUGAUCUGUUAUUUAUUCUACGCCAUCAUAACUUAACCGCUUUUACUCACAUAAAAACGAUAACUCGCUACUUGUUGGCAUCAAUUGCUUCGAGAGCAGAUAACUGCUCCUAAGUGCGCAGGUGAGACGCAGAAUAGAUGACCUCCUCCGAAGAAGUACUUAGAUGUUAAUGUAGGAAUAUAGAUUUUUUGUUGCUCGUUUUCCGUAGCUAUUGCUGUAUCCGAAGAUCUUUAUAUUUUUACGAUCGAUGCGACGAUCGACGAAGUAUGUCCAAAAUAUUUCGGCUUCGGGAGAGAUCGAAAGCCCGCUCGCUUUGUUCGAGUAGGGUACGAGAACCGCCUGAAAACUACACGUUUAUGAUUUCUUUCGUCUUGUUGUACUUAUCAUUUCUGGGGGUAGCAACGAUACGAACUUUUUUACGCUGCAAGAGCAGAUGCAAUUUACGAUAGUAUCUAUAACUACCACUACUGCUGCAAAAAUAAACAAGCGGCUUGUGAAGAGGAUCGAGCUUCAGAGCUAUUUCCGGACUACACCGAAAAAGAAUACAAGCCGUGAAAUGAAAAAAACAAAAAGUAGAUAUAGAGAUAUCUGAUAAACUCAACCGAGAUUUGACAAUUUCUCCUUCUGUACUCCACCCUGCAUUUGUUGUAUCUAUACAGGAACCGAGUUGUCAAGGGCGCUUGCGCACCGGUGACCGUAGACGAUGUCGACACAAACACGG